AAGAAAACAAACAGGUGUUUGGUUCAGAUUCCAGAAUCGCGCGAUCCAAGAAUUGGAGCUCACUCAGCUCAAAAUAAAAAAAUAAAUAAUAAUAAUAAUAAUAAUAAAUUGAAAGAAGCCUGAGACUCACACAAAACACACGCAUAUAAAAUUACAAAUCUCUCGUUACUCAAAAAUUUGACGUGGAAUCAGGUCUUCGAAAUUCGACUUCUGGUUUUGGACACCUGAUUUCAGUUGGUUACAUUACAUUACGUUACGCUCUAAUAGGGAGAGAGAUAGAGUGGUGUUAUAAUAAGAAGAAGAAGAAUGGGGUGUUCAUUUUCUGGUUUGAACGCACUUUACGAUUCCGUUAACGGAGGCGGAGAUGUUUGGAUCAACGAGAACCGGUUCCGUAUCGUCAGGCAGCUCGGUGAAGGUGGCAACGCCUAUGUCUUCCUCGUCAAGGACGUUCCCGCCGACAACGUCUCCGGCGGUUUCUCCUCCAAGCUCAAACAGUCCUCUCACAUUUCCGAGGACGGAACAUAUGCUAUGAAAAAGGUCCUCAUCAAGAGCAAUGAGCAGCUGGAGUUGGUCAGGGAGGAGAUCCAUGUUUCAUCACUGUUCAACCACCCAAAUCUGCUCCCGCUUCUCGAUCAUGCAAUCAUUUCUGUCAAGCCUACUCCACAAAAAUCUUGGAACCACGAGGCAUACUUGUUAUUUCCACUUCAUUUGGAUGGAACACUGCUAGAUAAUACCAAGACAAUGCAAGCCAGGAAGGAAUCCUUUCCUACCUCGGAUGUUCUUCAAAUCUUUCGACAGCUUUGUGCAGGACUCAAGCAUAUGCAUGGUUUAGAUACUCCAUAUGCUCAUAAUGAUGUCAAACCUGGUAAUGUUCUCAUAACACAUAGAAAAGGACAACCGCCUCUUGCCAUACUCAUGGAUUUUGGCAGUGCUCGUCCUGCCAGGAAGCACAUUGGUUCCAGAUCAGAGGCACUCCAGUUGCAGUGCUUUGUUCAGCCCCCUGUGUAGGAAUGGGCAGCUGAACACUGUUCUGCCCCUUUCCGAGCUCCGGAGCUGUGGGAAUGCCCAAGCCAAGGUGAUAUAGACGAGAGGACUGAUGUUUGGUCACUAGGAUGCACAUUAUAUGCAAUAAUGUGAGAAUUGAUUUUUCUUUUGUAUGUGUUUAAGCUUUAUGUUUAAAACUUUUUACAAUUUUGCUGCCUUAAUGGCAUUACACCAUGCAUCUGUUGAUGUACUUGAGUUAUGCAACCCCACGUCCCUAUUGACACGGAGAGAUUUAAGAGAACAGUUGAGGCAUCGUUACACAUUGCAGUUGUUAAAAUUUCAUGUGCCUUCCCUAUCUAUUGAGAUAGAUAGAAAAGGAAUAGUUCCCUGCCUUAGUUUUUAUGUGUAUCUUUAUAUUUUUUUUGUGGUAGUCUAGGUAGUCGGGCAUUGGGCUUAAUUAUUAUUUCGGUAAUUUAUACAUAAUUUUGUCUAUUGUAAUUUAUGAAAUGGCCAGUCUCCCUGUAAUCUUCAGGAUUCAUGCGCAUAAAUGGCAUAUGGUUUAUUUACUUAUU